AUGAACGAAUGCAAAGGCGACAAAUUGCUCGUGUGUUCCGAGAAACACGCAGACUCUAUCGGCGAUGCCCUGGAUUUUAAUACCUGUGUGCUAUCGGAUUAUGAGCGCGUUCCGGAUAAGGGAUUAAUUGAGGAUGAAGAAGGCCUAGAGCUUUUGAUUAGCAGCGUCGAGCGUAGCAUUGCCGCGAACGCGAAUGCUAGUUGCACUGUUCGUGUGGAUAAUAAGGUGUGGUGCAUCCGGGAUAGCUAUGAGUGGAAGUGCCCACCUGGUCGUGGUGUUGUUGAGAAUUUGGUUCGGGAGAUUGAGAAGUUAUCCGGGGAUGGAGAGGACGACACUGGGUACCUGUAG